AUGACGCCCCCUACCCGGAGGCUGCGGGAGCUGCAAGCGUGCAGCCGACAGCUGCUCUUAGUCAUCCAGCUGGUGGGGAUGACCCUCACCUUCCCGCAGAGGGUGCCAGUCUGCCCGCCCUCCGUGAUCCCCUGCAGCGCCCGGCUGAGCCUUCGCAGCGCGCCAGUGAGGAUCUGCUGCCGGAGAAAGAAGACGCGGUGCGAAGAGGAGGAAAGAAGAGGAGGAAAGAAGAGGGAAGAAGAGGAGGAAGAAGAGGAGGAAGAAGAGGAGGAAGAAGAGGAGGAAGAGCCUGCCAACAGCGGGGGGGAAAGAGAAAGCAUUCUGGGCAAAGCACCCUCCCUGUUAGCAGGGGCAUAGUGCACA